AUGACGGCCCUAUCGAUCGAAGAGAGGCUCGGCCUCAUCCGAGAGAACCUCGCCGAGGUCCUCAACCCCGAGAUCAUCGAGUCCAUCAUGGCUGAGGGACGGCACCCCAAGAUCUACUGGGGCACCGCUACCACUGGUCGACCUCACUGCGGCUACCUCGUGCCCGCCAUGAAGAUUGCCCAGUUCCUUGCCGCCGGCUGCGAUGUGACCAUUCUCCUUGCCGACGUCCACGGCUUCCUCGACAACCUCAAGGCCCCGCUCGAGCUUGUCGCACAGCGCGCCAACUACUACCGAUUCGUCAUCACCUCUAUGCUCAAGGCUGUUGGUGUACCUAUCGACAAGCUGCGAUUCGUCCUCGGCAGCUCUUACCAGACUAGCUCGGAUUACACCAUGGACGUCUACAAGCUGACCGCACUCGUGUCGGAGCAUGACGCCAAGAAGGCGGGUGCCGAGGUCGUGAAGCAGACUUCCAAUGCUCCUCUGAGCGGUCUCAUCUACCCCAUUUUGCAGGUGCUGGACGAGCAGUACCUGGAUUGUGAUGCUCAAUUCGGUGGCGUUGACCAGCGGAAGCUGUUUACGGCGGCUAAGGAGUGGCUACCCAAGCUCGGAUACCGACAGCGAGCGCAUCUCCUCAACCCCAUGGUUGCUGGUCUGAACGGCAACAAGAUGAGUUCAAGUGAUGAGAACAGCAAGAUUGAUCUUCUGGAUUCCCCCGAAGCCGUGGCUAAGAAGAUUCGGAAAGCGGAGUGCGUCCCUAAGGUGGUGGAGGGCAACGGCGUGCUGGCCCUGGUGGAGUACGUUCUGCUUCCAGGUUCAGGUCUGAAGAAUGGUGUUCGCGAGGUCAAGGUUGAGAGGCGCGACGCCGAGCCCCUGGUCUACACCAACAUCAAGCAGAUGCAGGAGGACUACGAGAACGAUGUGUUGACACCCCAGAUGCUCAAGGCCACCGUGACUCAGGGUCUUAUCGAUAUCAUGACGCCCAUCCAGGCCGAUUUCCAGGCCUCCGAAGAAUGGCAGGAGGUGACGUUGAAGGCGUACCCCCCACCAGCUAAGAAGGAGAAGAAGGUGAAGAACAGAGGCACCCGAUUCCCUGGAGCCAAGGGAGGAGCCGAUGCCCAGCAGGAUGGAGUGACAAAAAAGGUUGAGGAGUUGUCUGUGGCCGACGGCGCUCAGCCCAACGGUGCGUGA